ACGCCCAGGCGCGAAAUGUAACGCGGGAAAAUCUAGGGCUCGGCCCGAGCCGUGGGCGCGGAGAGGUCGCGGCGGCACCUUCUCCUCCUCGGGCAUCGCCGGGACCGGGGCUGCCAGCGGGGUCCGGCGCCGCUUCGGAAAGGUGCGGGGAGACGGUGGCUGCUUCGCCCGGCCGUUUGCUAUGGCCGGGGGCCGCCGCUGACUUUGCGGAUCCGCUGGGGGUUGGCCGCGGAGGGAGGGAGGCACCGAGAACCCGCCGUCCCCGGCGAUGAGCGGCUGAGGCGGGCCCGGGCGCCGACGGGUGGCGGCCGCGGGACCUCCGUGCCCCUGCAAACCCCCCUCCCGGGAGGCGGGCUCGGACGGACAGCUGGGCUGAGCCGCCGCGGAGCGGCCCCGCGCCCUCAGCCCCGUUCCCGCGCCGGUGCCCCCGAGGGGUGGGCGAUGGCGGAGCGCCUGCCGCCGGGCCUCCCGGUGAUUUUUUGCCAGGACUCCCCGAAGCGCAUCCUGGUUUCUGUUAUCAAGACCACCCCGAUCAAGCCCCGCGAGGAGCCGGCGGCCGCCCUGCCCGUCCCCACCAGCCCCGGCUUCAGCGACUUCAUGGUCUACCCCUGGCGCUGGGGCGAGAACGCCCACAACGUGACCCUCAGCCCCGGCGGCACCGCCGCCCUCUCGGGCCUCCCGCCGCCCCGCGCGGGAGCAGGCAGGGCCCCCACCGGGGACGAGGAGGAGGCGGGGAGCCUGGGCGGCGGCGGGCAUCGGCACCUGAAGGACAGGCUGCGGCGCGGUCGGCCGAGAGCGGACACCGUCCCGGAGCUGAUCAACGAAGGGGUGCACUCCUCCAGCAGCAUCCGCUGCAACGUCUGCUACAGGGUCUUCCCGCGAGAGAAAUCGCUUCAGGCCCACAAACGAACUCACACCGGUGAAAGGCCUUAUUUGUGUGACUACCCAGAUUGCGGGAAAGCCUUUGUUCAGAGUGGGCAGCUCAAAACUCACCAGCGUCUCCACACAGGGGAGAAACCUUUCGUCUGCUCAGAGAAUGGCUGUUUAAGCAGAUUCACGCAUGCAAACCGUCAUUGCCCCAAACAUCCAUACGCCCGACUGAAGAGGGAAGAGCUCACAGACAUGCUGAGUAAGAAGCAGACAGCUGACAAUAAAGCUGUGGCUGAAUGGCUAGCAAAGUACUGGGAGACAAGAGAACAGCGUGCUCCUGCUUUGAAAACUCAAACAAUCCAGAAAACGGAUCAGGAACAGCAGGACCCAAUGGAGUACCUUCAGUCUGAUGAAGAGGAUGCUGAAAAGAAAAACAGCGCUCAUUCAGCUGCUCGCCGCAGCCGCCUCCAGGAACAGCGUGAACGCAUGCAUGGCGCACUGGCUCUCAUUGAGCUUGCAAACCUCGAUGUGGCACCGCUUCAACAGUAGAUUGGGGCAGAUUCUGCCCAUAUACAAAAUGUACUUCCUGGUGGUACUUAACCAGUUAGAUCCUGGGCAUAAGCUAAGCACCUUAUUUGCUUAUCAUAGGCUGCUAUUCUGUAGAAUUUAUGAAGAAUGUUGUUGCCCCAUAACAUGGGGUAAGAGAAUUGCACUUUUCAUAAGGUAAAAGACAGGUGUAAAGUUUCUAAGUAUUUUGUAAAUAUGGGACUGCAUAAUGCAGGGUUGACAAAUUUAUGUGUUGUGGGAAGCUAGAUUUUGCAAGGUUAACUCAUUUAUUUGAAGCAGUUUUCACAGGAAGCACUUUCUGAACAAAGUGUUUGUGAUUAGCAGAAUGGUACAUGUGGCCAAAGAGGGCUGACAAAAAGGAAAGUAUUUAUCUGACUAUUUAAGUGAAUUUAUAUUAAGUGAUAGGUCUGAAGAUAAUGUUAAGCAGCAAUGAAACCGUCUUUUUCUAAUGUCAGUAUAUCUUUACCUAGUAUCACUGAGGCGGAAGGCAAAGCUUAGAUACUGCAGCUUAUAGAGGGGAUGAAACUGCUUCAUGCAGGAAACUGUAAGAUCAUUCAGGAUCUUCACUGUGACUGCUCGAGGUAUGAGGCUUGACUUUGCUGUUUUGUUUUCUGAUUUGAGUUCAGCAGAAUCUCUUGGUAGCACUUGUUAUUCCUAGCAUGUGGUGCUGGGAACUUUUGCACAUUGUUGGGUUUGUCUGAAAAUGAUUAGUCUUGCAAAGUCUAGACAAAGGUAAACAAUUGGUGAUAUUUUUUUCAGAUAUUUUUGGACCCUGUAGUGAUUUGGCACUUGAUUUUGUUAAUAAAGGGGGUAUUUACAGGGUGGUAUGGAUUUGUAGUAAACUAUUCUAGAUCUCCUAUUAGCAAACACUAAGUUUUAAAGUAUUGCUUUUAUAUGAUUAUUAGCAAAUAGAAGCCUCCAUAUUUUCUGUGCAUAAAGCCACCUUAUUGCUUUAUUUCAGGAUAACAUGCCAAUUUUGUGUUUACUAACUGUAGCACAGCUAUCAAUUAAACACUGCAGAAAAAUAUUCAAUAUACAACUAGAAAAUAGGCUUCCAAAGAUAGUUGCAAGUGUGUUAAGAGUGUGAUUUCAUGUAUUUCCCAAAUAAGUGAAGUUACAGAAUGCUGCCUAGUACUCAGAUGCUGAUAUGGAAUGUUUAGCAGGGUAUCUUGUCAGUUCAUGAAUGUUGUAUACUUUCAAAUAGCAAUGUCUCAUGGUGAUCUUUUUCCGUGUUUUGCUUUGAAGGCAACCAGAGAUUCUUAAUAUGCUAACGAAAGUUUGUUUUCAGAUUGGACUCUUUGUUGUGUGGUGUUUUUUGUUGGUUGUUUUUUUUUUUUUUCAUUAAGCUACUGCUUUAGGGGAUAUUAAUAAUUUGUAUUUACUGACCUGCUUGCUUUAAAUCCUUCCUCUCACUGAAGGUCAGGAAAUUCAGAUGAGAAGGGAAGCCACUUUCCCUCUCACUUAAACAAGAGGAAGAAAUCAUUUUAUCAGUCACUUGAUAUAGACUGACCAGAUGCAUACAGCUGUUCCAGAAAAGUAGUGUGAUUUUUAUACCAGAAUCUGCAACUGUUGGAUUCUGUUCUCUGAUAACUGUUAACUUGUUGUGGUUGAAAAUCUCAUUAACCCAGUUUAAGUCAUGUAUUGAUGCACUUAACUAAAGAGCAAUUGAAUAAUUAAAAAAAAUCACUUUCAUUGAAUGUAAAUAAUUUUGCACCAGUGAUACGGUUAAACUUUUGCCUUCAGUUCCUAAACUUAGCUGACAUCAGGGUCAUUGGUUUCUGUUUUAAGUCUUUUAGGCUUAAAAAUAAGAAACACUAAUCGUUGUAGGCUUCGUAGCCUAUGUAAAACUGGUAAUUGGUGUGUGUAUGUUUGGAGUUUGUCAAGUAAGUUAAAUAUUUCAGCUGGCUGCAUGUAAAUGGUCUGAUUCCAAAAUGAGCCCUGAGCAACAAUCUGUUGUAUUUCUGAGUCAUAACUCAGAAUUGCUCCCAAGUAAUAUUUCACAGCGCACAAGACUAUGUAAUUACUAGCCAGUUGCAGACUGGAGUCGUAACUUACUUCAUUAGGAUUGAUUUUAAUUUUUUUCCCUCAGUCAGCAGUAAUGCAUCAGGCAAGUCACAGAAUAUUUCUUCAAGUAUGACAAGUACACUGAAUUGUACUUGGCUGUAGACAGAAUUCAGACAGCUGAAGCAGCUUCAUGUCAUGACAAGUUUUGGAUAAAAUACCAAGUUAAAAAAAUUGAGAUGCGGAAAACUGCUUUUUGUUUUAUUAAGCAGUGGUUACAUACAAGAGAUCUUGAAGUAUUCAGUACUUUGAAAGAUUAAGUUGUAGUUUGGCAUGACUUAACAGCAGACAAGUGGAUGUGCUGUCAUUUUAAUAGACGCUUUGAAUAAAAACUUGGUUUAACUUU